UAUGAAUGAAGCAGGCAGUUGUUUCCUCAGCUCUCAACCAGUCAAAACCUUUCCAUCUCCCAUGACUACGAGAUAAUUACCUCAAUUCGCCUUGAAACGUAUCAAUUGAUCCGAAAAAACUGUUUGAAAACUGAGUACUGUGUCAUCCCAGUCAAACCUUUCAUACCUCCCUUCCAAGCUCCGUGUCCUUUCAACAUUGUGCCACAAACGAUUCCUACUUAUUACGACCUUUCUCAAAGAACCAAUACCUUUCUAAGAAUACAUCGGAAACUUAUUUCACUCUCAAAAUGGCCUCUCGAAUGCUCCUACGAUCAGUCGCCGGCGUUGCUACUGGCCGACAAGCCAUCGCACAACGAACGUUCACCAGCACCACCGCGAACCUGUCCUACAAGGAGAGCAAUCUCGGCGCAGAUGGAUCCGACGCGGCGGACCCGGAGAAGCACAAGCAAGAUCUCCUAGCGAAGCAGAAGGCCGGCAAGGGCCACUGGAAGCCCGAGCUCGCCUCCGACAGCGAGGAGGCCGUCAAGGCGGACCGAGCUCGCGGCGACGGCAGCGAGGACAUAUCGGCCCUGCAGAACCGGACCAAGGGUGCCGCCGAGGAGACUAGCAAGUCCGGCACCAGCAUGAGAGACGGGCUGUAAGGUCUAAGAGGUAUGAUCGACCAAAGAAGUCGGACAUGAGCUGAUAGGUCUAAGGUUUCAGAGUUGAUCUGAUGGAUAGGAAUGGUGCGGGCCCGACAAAGUGAAACAACAUCAAUAGGUAUCUAAGAUCGAGAAGGGUCGCAGUUAGCAUUGCUUGGUCGUUAAGGUUAUGGCUUUAUUCGAGGCUGGCUCUACUACGGUUUCAUUCAUGUUGUACAAAUAAGAAAUGAGAAAAUGGACGACGGGAUUAUUGGGCCAAUAUAAGCAUAUUGCUUUACAGUUAGGUGAUGACCGUACGCUUGUGACUAUCACACUCCUAAAAGUGACGUGGCUUGGUUGGUAAAAAGAUCGAGGACCGUAUAUU